CGGCUAUCCAUUCAACGAGAGAGAAGGAAAAGAAAAUGUACUAUUGUCUUGCUUCUUGUGCGUUUCCGUCUUCCCACACCACUCUACACCUCCGCAACAAGCUCUCGCCUUUUCUCUUCCGCCGCAAUCGCAGCCAUCAAACUCUGCAACUUUGCCGUAGAAAUUUUCAGAUUAGAGCAAUGAGAGCUGUGAUCCAGAGAGUCUCAUCUUCCUCCGUCACGGUGGAUGGUAGAAUCGUGUCGGAGAUUGGGCCUGGUCUCUUAGUUUUAAUCGGAAUCCAUGAAUCAGAUACAGAUGCUGAUGCUGAUUACAUGUGUCGGAAAGUUUUAAACAUGAGGUUGUUCACUAAUGAAGCCACUGGCAGAGGAUGGGACCAAAACGUAAUGCAGAGGGGUUAUGGAGUUUUACUUGUUAGUCAGUUUACAUUGUACGGCUUCAUGAAAGGUAACAAACCUGAUUUUCACGUCGCUAUGCCGCCUGAGAAGGCGAAACCCUUUUACGCUUCUUUGAUUGAGAGAUUCCAGAAAGCAUAUAAUAAGCCUGAUGCUGUGAAAGAUGGUGUGUUUGGAGCUAUGAUGAAGGUUAAUCUUGUAAACGACGGUCCAGUCACUAUGCAGCUCGAGUCACCCCAAUCCUCCAAGAAUGAGACCAAGGCAUCAACAGAAUCAUAAGAUCAGUCAACUUGUCUUUUUUGCUGAAAUAUGAUAGAAUAUACAUUCAUGUGAAAACAUUCAUAGUUCAUUGAAAACUGUAACUCUUUAAGUCCUACGCUACUUGUUUUUGCUUUUAGCACAAUGCAAAGCCUCUUGAGUUGCUAAAA